AUGGAUUCACUGACUGUUGCUUUCGUCUUCAGAUUACCCUCAUUUGGCUUAUUUGUCAAGUUCACUCGUUACGACUAUCUCCUGACAAUAUCCGUUGUUGCGGCCGCCCUAUUAGCGGCCUCGUAUGUGGCCGGCGAGCAUGUGGGGCCCACCAAGCCCAAGUACUACUUCCCUAAACAUGUCAAACGCCAGUAUGCCAACGCCACGAUAACAUCCAACGAUGCCCCUAUUACCACCAUCGAUACGUCGUCCGACGCCUUAUCGCAGACGGCCAAGAGGGAGACGACCAGCAACGACCAGAGCGAAAGCUUGUCGGACAUUCCCUUUGUCAAGUCGACUUCUUCGCGCUUCCUCACCUCGAGCGAACCGCAGUCCGAAUCCGAGUCAGACACGUCUCGGGUCACGACGGUGGUGAUUGCAAGCACCGUUUACGUUUCACCUUCUCAGCCCACAACAGUCGACUUGUCGACCGCUGGCACAGCCGCUCCCUCUGUCCCCGCUGUCGACACCGACUUUGUUAGUUCCACCGAUAGCACUGCGGUCUCCUCUGACUCAACUAGCCAGGGUGCCACUGGUCUCUCCAGCUCUGCUACUGACAACAGUUCAACCGACCUACUUGGGUUUCCUACGGGAACCAGCUCUGGCUCUACUACCGAGAGCAGCUUAUCUGAUUCAACUACCGAGGGCACCUCUUCUGGCGCUACUUCGUCACCUGGGUCUACUCCGGUAACCAGUCUUGGCUCUACUACGGACAGUACUAGCUCACCUGUUACUGCCACCGACAGGGUCAACUCUUCGGCUUCGGCUUCGGCUAGCGACAACACCAUCUUGCCCAGCUCCGGCGCCAAUGUUACCAGCUCUUUUGCCUCGGCCACCGACGCUGUUAGCUCGUCCAACUCUGUCACAGAGACCGCUAGCUCAUCCAGCCCUACCACCGAUAGCGCCAGCUCUUCGGCUUCUGUUACUGGCAGCGUCACCUCGCCUGGCUCUAUUGCUAACACCACCAGCUCGGCCAUCUCUGCUAGCUCGUCCAGCUCUGUUAUAGAUAUUCUUAGCUUCUUGAACCCUGGUUUCGGUAGUGCUAGCUCUUCGGCUUCUGCUACUGAUAGCACUACUGCGCUUGGCUCUGUUGCCAACACCACCAGCGCGGCCAUCUCUGCUACCGAUGUCGCUCGCUCCUCGGCUUCUGCUACCGAUGUUGCUAGCUCGUCGGCCGCGUGGACUGAUGCAUCUGGCUCCUUGACUUCGUCCAGCGCUUUACCCACCGUCUCGUCAGGAGUCAUUUCUAACACGACUAGUCCCGACUCGUCUAGCUCUUUGCAGGUCCUUACUCCUCCCACCACCACCGUUGAGCCUACUUCCACGGCCAAUGCUACCACCGCCGAGACAGCAAGCACCGAGACAGCCACCGAUGGGAGCGCUUCCACGGGUUGGCUCCCGCCUAUCAUCAUCGGUUUCAACUAUGGAUUCAAUUACCCAUUUGUGGCCAAGAACAACAACGCUGCGGCGCAGAUCUUCCGCCUUCUCCCUGAGGCGCUGGCGUUUGCUUCGUCCAUUGAGUCCCACAGAGUAAGAGUCACGAAGCUGAUGCCCAUGAACACGGUGAACACUCUGGGCUACUGGACCACUCUUGCUGUUGUAUCAUACCCGCAGGCGUAUGUUGAGAGCCUUCGACUGGAUGUUAAAAUCGCCAGUUCUCCGCUCUAUAACAACCCUACCCCGCUGGUUUACAACUUGACAAUGCAGAUCAAUCCUGCCAUCGACAUUAUCCUUGGCUCGACCCUCAUUGGCGAUGGCUCAGGUGGCGACAGUGGAAGUAACCCGUCCAACGCCGGUAACAACGGCAAUGCGGACCCAUUUACAAACAACAACAACGGCAACCAGACUUCUCAGCAGCGGGGAACCACGGCGGGAAUUGUAGGUGGUGCUGUUGCCGUUGCUGCUGCGUAUGGCGCGGCCAUGUUCGUGGUUGCCAGGAGGUACAAGAGGAAGAAGCAGGCGCACAGACGGGCGAGCUCCCUCGGCGGAAGCCCGUCGGACAUGCAGCAGAUGGGCGGGGGCAGCCCGGCUCUCAUGGGCGGGGCACUCCUUAGUAGGGACUUUACCGGCUAUGGAGGAGUGGCUGGCGGCGCGGCGGCGGCCGGCGCCGGUGCGCCUGGUGGACGGGACAGCCAUGGCAGCGGAAGGAGCGGGAUGGGUCUCUCCUCUCGGACCGCCUACAUCUCGGCCCCCGUUGCCGCGGAAAAUUCCCUCGGGUGGAACUAAAUGACGAAUGUGUGACGGCGACAUAGUUCUUGUGAUUACUUUCCCUAUCUCGACGACUGACACCGACCAUUUACGCUUCGAUGCCCAUGGGGAGGAUGUUGUUAUUUUGGCUGAUGCGACAAAGACUGCGACAUUUGAGACUUUUUGCGAUGUCAACGUCUUGGGAAGAUGGAGGCGGGAAAUAAGUUUUUUUUAAAAAAAUAAAAGAGGUGGAAAAGAACUCAACACGUAUAGACGAUUUCUUCGGGGCUGCCUUUCGAUGGCAAACAUUUUGUGUGCUUUUUCCCCAGUUUACAUGUCAAGCAUCUUUUUCAUACCUUCUGUCGGCGGACUUGGUUUUGUAUGGCCAUGCCGUCUGAAAUUCAAAAGCCUGGUACCACAAUAAAUGAUCGCAGCUGCACUUUUUGCUUGGCGGCGAUUAUGGUAACGCGGGUUCUUUCUAACGUUUAAUUAUCAUUUUUCCAUCCUAUAGUACAUGGUUCGAGGAAAGUCGGCUCCCUGAUUCGAGAUGAGUGGGUGGCAUGACGGCAGUCAGUCCAAGAGGUAGAGAGAAGUUUUGAUCAGGAAGGACGACCGACAACUGCGACAGAGGAAUGCUUUCGCUCGAUGCCCAAACCCAGCCCAGCCAAGCAGCCAGCUCUUUGUGCUCACAAAGGUGGAGAGGUGGAGAAGCAGCAAAGGGGGGAGCGAAAGACCAAAAAUAAUUCCAUUUGACAGCAAAAGUUGGGUAAUGUUUGUGGAAUUGAGGAGAUUGAGUUGAAGAGGUCAUGGCCCCUGGGGACAGUUUGACAAGGUGAUAUGCGAUGGUUUCUGGUUACAUAUUUACAUAUCUCAUUUGGACGCAAUUUGCAUCUUUAAUAUUUCAGCGCAUACCAAGCAAAUCCACAAAGAUCGAGACCUUUCUAUCUUA